AUGAAUCAACCCUAUAAAUCUGUCCCACAGAAGGAUUUAUUGUGGCUUGAAUGGAAGCUCCCAGCGAAGAAGUUCCUCAGGAUCCAAAUCUCUCGACCCAAAACAAGCUGCUCCUCAGCUGCCUUGCAGCCAAAGCCAAUUACUCUUGGGGCACGGCUUUCGUGUUCCCACUUCUCCCGGAUAAACUUCCAUACAAACCGAAGAGGCGGGAGGGCGGAGGGAUCCCAACCCUUCCCGCUUCCUCCCGCUUUUGCCGCGGUGGCACCAGCGAGGGUCAGUGCCAGCGGGUGCGGGGGCCGGCGGGAGGCCCCUGCGGCGGCCCAGGCCACAGCCCGCCGCCUCCCGGCGCCGCCGCCCCGGCCCACCGGCCCGCAUGACAUCAUCGGGACGGCUCGGGAUCGAUCCCCGCCGGCCGCCGGCUCGGGCGGGCGCUCCUCCGCGGCGGCCGCCGCCGCCGCCCUGCGCGCCGAGGGGGAACGCCGGCCCUGCCGCGGACGGAACAGGCUGACACCAGAUCCAUCCCCGCCGCCAUGCAGCGAGCGCGCUGACAGCUCUGCGCCGGCUUCGGGCUGCGCGUCGGGAAGCUGCUCCGCGGGCUGCCGGGGGGAAAGGUGCGGUGUCCUCACGGCCCCGCGGCGAAUGCGCCCUCCGCGAACAACGGCACUUGUUAAAGGAGCCCUCCCUGGCUCGGGGGUCAGGAAGAAGGAAUUCACCGGGUGGGAAUCGGGAGGAAGGAAAACGAGCCACCAGCGGGAGGAUCAAGCAGCGGCAGCUGAAGAAACCGCCCGGUCCCUCUCCUGACAGGCUGCGACGCGCAGCGCGGCGGGCGCUUCCAGACCCCCGUUGCUCGCCAAUAAAUCCAGCUCGGCUAUACAUCGCGAUGGGAACGUGCUGCCAAGGAGGCUGCCUUCCCGUCACUGAGGAUGCUGCCUUCCCCUCACUGAGAAGGCUGCUGCCGCCGGGGCUGCCUGCACACCACUGAGGACGCUGCUGCUGCCGCGGAGGUUGCCGUGCCCUCUCUGAGACAGCAGCAGCAGCUGCCGCCGCCGAGCCCGCCGUGCCCUCAUUGAGGCGGCCGCCGCCGCUGCGUUACAGGGAGAGAUUGUGGCGCUGCGACAGGGGAGGACGGGGCUCGGCGCGCAGGGGGGAGGCGCGGCGAGCAUGCGCCGCCCGAGCCACUGACUGGAUCCUCAGCCAAGGCACCGAG